AUGGAUUAUCAUCAGUCAAUCAAGGUUCAACAAAAGUCUGCCUACCAAUCUGAUCCAUCAACCUCUGGUUUCCCAAUCUUAGCCAUUGCAGCACUCUGCAUCGUAGCAACAGCUUUCUUGCUCGUUUCCUACUACUUUUUCGUCACCAGAGGCUGCUUCAACUGGCAACAAGUGAACCCAUUAAGACGCUUUUCCAUGUCCCGGGAACGAUCCACACCCGACCCACUAUCAUCUCCAUACUCUACUCCUCCAUGGCAGGUUCGGGGACUCGAUGAAGUACUAAUCCGCGAGAUCCCCAUUUUUCGAUAUACAGAAAGUGAAGGCGAGAAGAGGAGUUUAUACGAAUGUGUUGUUUGCUUGAAUGAUUUUCAAGAAAUGGAUACGUUAAGAGUUCUUCCAAGCUGCAACCACGCGUUUCAUUUAGACUGCAUUGACAUUUGGCUUCAGAACAAUGCGAAUUGCCCUCUUUGCAGAUUGAGCAUUUCAGGUAACACAAGGUAUCCAAAAGACAAGAUAAUUGCACCAAGUUCUUCACCUCAAGAUCCUCAAAUGAGCCCCAUUGGCAGGAAUCAAGAUUUCUUGGUGAUUGAGUUGGGUGAAGAGGACCAUGGGUCAAGAUCACAACAAUCUAGAGGUCAUUCUCCAAGAAAGAUUGGAGGGAAGAGGGCGAAAACAAGAAAAUGUCAUCAUGUUUCGAUUAUGGGAGAUGAGAACAUUGAUAUUAGGGGAAAAGAUGAACAGUUUUCUAUCGAACCGAUUCGGAGAUCGUUCUCAAUGGAUUCAGCAAUUGAUCGCCAUAUAUAUUUAUCGGUUCAGGAAAUCAUACAGAACAAUGGAAGUCUGCAACAAAUCAGAAACAAUGAAGAAGGAAGUACGAGUGGAAGAACAAGAAGACCUUUCUUCUCGUUUGGAAAUGGUAGAGGAUCAAGAAAUGCUGUUCUUCCUAUCUAG